GCUACGUGUUGUUUUGUUGAUGAGUAUCGACGGAACGCGCCAUUUGUCGACGCUCAUAUACGCCAGCUGUUCAGAUUCCAUCGAUUUCCGUCAUACCCCAUGCGAGGGCAUCUGUCCAAUUCUUACUGGGCCUCAGGCCUCAGGCUCGAGCUCCGGCGCCCUAUCUCAGGCUAUCUGCAACUGGAACUGACAAAGAACAUUCUCCACGAUUGCAAUAGUUGGAGGUGACGUCGAAGACUUAUCAAUUUACUGAUCGGCGGCGGUGGAAUGCAGGUAAGGCCAAAUUUCUGUCCUCACAUUGUAUAAAAGGGACGGUAUGUGACAUGCCAUCUAUUCUCAGCCCCCCCUACAACUCAUAAGCUCUGUUACUGAUCAUCAGAAAUAAGAGGUCAUGGAUUCUCGCACAAAGACGAUUUACCUCCCGAAUACCAUGACCAACUGGCCAUGGCCUCGCGCACUCAACCCUCAUUACGAAGCUGUGAAAAUCGAAGCUGGUUUUUGGUUUCGUAGUUUCGAAACUUUGGAUCCAGAGUUAUUGAAAGCGUUCGACAAAUAUGAUUUAGCUUACGCGGUAGCACUGGCUCAUCCCACUGUAUCAGGAGAACAUCUUCGAGUCGGUUGCGAAGUACUGGAUGUGCAACUCGUUGUAGACGAGGUCACCGAUAGAAGCACUGCAGCAGGUGCCAAAGGAAUAAUAGACAUCGUCAUCGAUGCCUUGCACAAUCCUCAUAAGAUACGACCAGAAGGUGAAUACAUCGUUGGAGAAAUGAUGCGACAAUGUUCGGCUCGUGCGAUGCGGACUAUAAGCACGACUUGUUACCCCCGCUUUAUUGAUAGCUUUACGACAUACCUUCGUGCAGUAGCUGUCGAGGCUAUUGACCGCGAACAAGGACAUUGUCUCGGUAUCGAUGACCAUUUCAAGUACCGACGGGAGUCAGGUGGCAUGUUACCUUGGUUCGCACUAUGUGGAAUGGAGAUGAAUCUCCCUGAUGAAGUGUAUCGCCAUCCCGCCAUCGUGGAUAUGCUUGAAUGUGCUGCAGAUUUGAUUACAGUCGACAAUGAUAUGGUCUCGUACAAUAAAGAACAAGCAGACGGGACCGACUAUAAUUCGUUGAUAACCGUUGUCAUGGUAGAGUUUGGCCUCGACAUAGGCAGUGCGAUGGGGUGGGCAGCCGCCUAUCACACCAAACUCGAGACAAGGUUUAUCAACGGUCUUGCGAAGAUCCCUUCAUGGGGCCCUUCCACCGACAUCCUAGUCAAGGAGUACCUUGAUGGAGUAGGGAACUGGGUGCGAGCAAAUUAUUGCUGGAGUUUUGACGAUCAAAGGUAUUUUGGCACAAUGGCUACGGAGAUACAGGAAAGUAGGCUCGUCCCAUUAUGGCCAAAGGUCCACAGCAAAGCCAGCAUCCUGGGUGGGUGGCGAAGAACCAUACUGAUUGCCGCUGCGAUCAGUAGCGGGUUUUUUGUAUUUGUUUCAAUCCAUUUCCCCUAGAUCAUCUGUUAGCUGCCAUUCGUCUACAUGUUCCUAUGUUGUCUCACGAUAUUGCCUCUCCGAAUCCUCUCGUUUGUUAUGUCCUUCCGAACGGGCCUGCAGGACUGAGCAUGCACCAUUGCAGUUACCAGUAGCAUUAUUUGAACCGAAGUGCCACGUCAAACUCUGAG